GUUGAAUUCAGCAACAUGGAGAACAUCGGUGAACUUGACAGACAACUCAAGUGCAUGUGGAGACCCGUCCUGACGUCGUUGCGUGGACAACGUGCACGUACGUUCAAAGCACGCAAAGAACGGUCCUCGGAGGCGCAUCGCGUGCUGCGCAGGCGCAAGCGGCAAGGCGCUGGAGAAGCGGUCAUGGAGUCCGUCAACCCGGUGUCUAAACUCUACAGAUCUGUAAUUGAAGAUGUAAUUGAAGGAGUGCGGGAUCUAUUUGCUGAAGAAGGUAUAGAGGAACAAGUCUUAAAAGACCUGAAGCAGCUCUGGGAAACAAAGGUUUUGCAGUCUAAAGCAACAGAAGACUUCUUCAGAAAUGGUGUCCAUUUGCCUUUGUUCACCCUUCAGUUGCCACACAGCUUGCACCAAACAUUGCAGUCAUCAACAGCAUCGUUACUUAUUCCUGCUGGUAAAACUCUUCCCACUUUUACCACAGCAGAACUGGGCACCUCAAACUCCAGUGCAAACUUUACUUUUCCUGGUUAUCCUGUUCAUGUACCAGCAGGUGUGACAUUACAGACGGCAUCUGGUUACCUUUAUAAAGUUAAUGUACCAAUUAUGGUGACACAGACUUCUGGAAGAGCAAGUAUUCUUCAGCAUCCAUUUCAGCAAGUAUUUCAGCAGCUUGGGCAGCCUUCAAUAAUACAGACCAGUAUUCCACAAUUAAACCCAUGGUGUCUUCAAGCAACUACUGAAAAAUCACAGAGAAUGGAAACUGUGCUCCAACAACCUGUAGUUCUUCGUUCUGGGACAGUGGAUAGGAAACGUUUAGAAAAUGCUACUGGUGAUACUCUUUUACAUCCUGGAAAUCAGCAUAAAAUCAUGUCUGAAGCUUUACUGAGUCAGCCGGAAAACUCUCAGUAUAUCAGCCUUUCAGGUGUUGUAGUUCCUUCACAGCUCUGUCAAAUGGAUUCUAAUGUGGAGCCAGUGCUCAGUGUUUCAGCUAGCAUGACUCAAAAUCUGCGUGGUGGGCCCCUGUCCACAGGCCCUCAGGGGGCUCAGCACCAGCACACGCCUGAUGUUCAGCUUCGUGUUCUUAAAAAUAGGAUGUGUGGAUGUGAUUCUGUAAAGCAGCCAAGAAAUACAGAGGAGCCCAGCAGCCUACCUAUCUCAAAGAAGGAUUCUAAUUCUCAGAUGGAUUUAAGCCUUCAGGUAACUGAUGAUGAUAUUAAUGAGAUAAUUCAAAUAGAUGGAACUGGAGAUACAGCUUCCAAUGAUGAAAUAGGAAGUACAGGAGAUGUAGAUGAGAACAAAUUUCUAGGGAUUACUGAUGCAGGAGACCUGAAGGUACUUGAAGAAGCCAGCAGUAUAUCAAAUGAAGAUUCAAUGGCCAACAGUAGUGAUAAUGAAGACCCUCAAGUAGACCUUGUGGAAGAGGACCCUUUAAAUUCUGGGGAUGAUGUUAGUGAGCAGGAUGUGCCGGACCUGUUUGACACAGAUAAUGUAAUUGUCUGUCAGUAUGAAAAGAUUCAUCGAAGCAAGAACAAAUGGAAAUUCUAUUUGAAAGAUGGUAUUAUGUGUUUUGGAGGGAGAGACUAUGUAUUUGCAAAAGCCGUUGGUGAUGCAGAGUGGUAAAACUGAUGAGCUCAGUACAUCACUAAGAUCAGUGGGACUAUAUCACAUGUUGUUCCCUGCGUGGAAUUUAAUAAAAUUAGAUGCA